AUGAAACAUUUGCUUGUAUUUCACUCUGAGUGGCUUUACGAAUACAGAUGGCUUGACGUGAACAGAGAGAUAAUGUUCGAAUUCAACAGCAAAUUCCAAGAGUUCGACAUUAUUGAAUGUGGUGCCCAAAUCUUGACUUACGGAACGGACGGAAGCAACAACGAUGAAGAUGAAGCGUUCGAGGAAGAAGACGAUGUUCAGGGCUCUGAAAAAGCGUCCAAAGAAAAAGAUGAGGGUAUCGUCGACGGUGACUACAAAUCUGUAUCCAGGAAGCGUCCGAGGAAGACGACGAGGACAAGUGCUUCUACAUAUCUGAAUUUGGGGAAGCGUCCAAAGACAAUUGAUUCAUAA